AUGGAUACUUCCAGGAGAAAUUCAUUCAACACAAGGAAAUGGACCAACAUCCUUCUAGCUAUUACUGUCUUAAUUUAUGUUGCACAACUGGCAACACAGGGGAAGCUUUUGCUUUGGGGAGCUAAGAUUAAUAGUCCUAUUGAGAAAGGACAGAUUUGGAGGCUGGCCACAUAUUCUCUUUUGCAUGCAAAUAUAAGGCACCUUAUGGUCAAUUGUUAUUCUUUGAAUUAUGUUGGACCUACUGUGGAGAAUUUAAGUGGUCCAAGGAGAUUUCUUGCAGUUUACUUGACAUCUGCUAUUUCAAGUAACAACUCGUGCCGCUACAAAGCACCCGCCGUUGGCGCAUCAGGCGCAAUCUUUGGAUUGGUUGGUUCUGUUGCUGUGUUUGUCAUGAGACAUAGAGGUAUGAUCAGAGAUGCCAAAGAAGAUCUGCAACACAUAGCACAAGUUAUUUUCCUAAACAUGGUUAUUAGACUAAUGUCAAGUGGCAUUGAUGAUUGGGCUCAUCUAGGAGGCUUGCUUGGAGGAGCAAGAGUGUCUUGGCUUAUAGGACCUGCAUGGAAGUACGAAUCUAUGGCCAGUGAUAGCCCAAGAAAAUUCUCAGACCGACCACCACUUUUUUACCUUACUGACAGAAAACGGAAACCUCGAUGAACCAGUGUCAGUAUUAAAAAUUGUGACACAAGCUCUGAUGUAAAUUGAUUCUAGACAUACUAUACUAUAUGCAAAGUAUAGUAGGGGGCUUUAGAAGGUAAAAGUGAAUUCCAAUCGAAUCAAUGAUUUACCAGAAAGUAAUCGGAGGGUAAAUGGUGAUUUCCUUACCUAUUUACUGAUACAUCACUGGCCGUUCAGAGUUCACGACCAUUUUUGUAUUGCAUUUUACCAAAACAAUCUAUUUUCUGAUAUCUGUAGUGUAGUGAUGUUUGAAGUGAAGAUGGCCCUUUUUGUUAUAA